CUGGCGAGCGCGCUGGCCGUGCUGUGGCUGGCGGCGCCGCCCACCGCCCGCGCCUCCCCGUCCUUCAUGCGCGCGGCUUCGCUGCGAGGCCGCGCCACGCUGGCGCGCGGGUCGGACGUGCUGCGCGAGGUGCCGCUCAUCGACGGGCACAACGACCUGCCGUACAACCUGCGCAUCCUGCUGCAGAACAAGGUGUCGCAGUUCGACUUCAAGGCCAACCUGAGCGCGGACCCGGUGUGGAGCUGCAACAGCUGCUUCACCGACCUGCCGCGCCUGCGAGCGGGGCGCGUCGGCGGGCAGUUCUGGGUGGCGUACGUGCCGUGCACCACGCAGUAUAAGGACGCUGUGGAGAUGACGCUGGAGCAGAUCGACGUCAUCAAGCGACUGGCGGCGGCCUAUCCCAACGACCUGAGCCUCGUCACGAGCGCUGACGGCAUCGAGCGCGCCUUCAGCGAGGGCAAGAUCGCCAGCCUGAUCGCCGUGGAGGGCGGCCACUCCAUCGACAGCCGCAUGGGCGUGCUGCGCCUCUUCCAGGAGCUGGGCGUGCGCUACCUCACGCUCACGCACUCCUGCAACACGCCCUGGGCGGAUGCCAGUCCUGAGGACGCCAAGCCCAUCCCGGAGCACAACGGACUGACGCCCUUCGGAGAGCGGGUGGUGCAGGAGCUGAACCGGCUGGGCAUCAUGGUGGACCUGUCGCACGUGUCGGCGCCCACCAUGCGCGCCGCCCUGCGCGUGUCGCGCGCGCCUGUCAUCUUCUCGCACUCGUCCUCGCGCACCGUCUGCAACCACCACCGCAACGUGCCCGACGACGUCCUGCGAGCCGUGGCUCUAAACAAUGGCGUGGUGAUGGUGAAUUUCUACUCGGGCUUCGUCGUGUGUGAGAAUCGGCGCGCUACCCUGGAGGACGUCGUAGACCACAUUAACUACAUUCGCAUGGUUGCUGGAGUUGACCAUGUAGGCAUCGGAGCAGACUACGACGGCGUCAGCGAACGUGUCCCGCUACCCGACCUUCUUCGACGCCUCGCCAACCCUCUGCCCGGCGAGCCCACCUGGUCGCGGGAGGACCUCAAGAAGCUGGCCGGCCUCAACCUGCUGCGCGUCUUCCGCGACGUCGAGAAGGUGCGGGAUCAGCUGCAGGCGGCUGGCAUGGGGCCCGACGAGGAAUGGCUGCCCACGAUGGACUUGCUGUCGCACCCCACGCAGUGCCUCUCCAUCUAG